AUGGAACCCGGUCCUCAAGCAAUGGUUUUGACUCAAUUGGCCUCAGCUCAAGACUCCGGCAAUUGGGACUACAAUACUCUUUUGGAUCAGCUCGCUCUCGCUUACGACAAUCCAAACAAAAUUCAAGAAGCUGAGGAUAAGCUGCUUGCUUGCAAGCAAGGUACGGACGCCUUCCAUAUCUACGUCUUACGCUUCGAACGACUUUUGUACGCUGCUCGCUGUCAGACUUGGCCCGACGCUAAUAAGAUUAUUGCGUUCCGCAAUGGUCUGAACUCAAUUAUUCGGACCCGUUUGAAUGGCCAAUUGACUCUCCUAAUCACGUAUACCGAAUACGUGCACGUCACUCAGCAGCUUGGACGCUCUUCCGGCUCUUCCGGCCCUUCCGGCCCGUCCUACGGAUUUUCUCGACCUUCGGCACCUUCGGCCCUUUUUCAAAACCGCCCUCGCACGUUAACGGGCCCUCCCCCCGGCGACCCAAUGGACCUUUCAGCAGUCGAACGCGCUUAA